CGCUCAGUUGAUUUGGCGCAGCUGUGUGCACUAUAGCCCAAGCAAAGUGGCGCGCCAGUCAGACAGCCGCAGCAGAACAGGCGCAGACAGACACAGCAGCAGCAGCAGCAGACAUGGCAGACGAAAAACCCAAGGAGGGAGUAAAGACGGAGAACAAUGAGCACAUCAACCUGAAGGUGGCAGGGCAGGAUGGCUCAGUGGUGCAAUUCAAGAUCAAAAGGCACACUCCUCUCAGUAAACUGAUGAAAGCUUAUUGUGAACGGCAGGGGCUGUCAAUGAGGCAAAUACGAUUUCGAUUUGACGGUCAGCCCAUCAAUGAAACGGACACACCCUCGCAGCUAGAAAUGGAGGAUGAAGAUACGAUUGAUGUGUUCCAACAGCAAACCGGUGGCUCUUCUCUUUAAAGACUGUUUCCUACAAACAUCCCUACCUCCCCUUUUUCAUCCCUGAACAUAUUUGUUAUGACCAGUCUUCAAAUGUUCAUGACCAGUGUUGAUACCAUCCAGUGGAAUACUUUUGCAAAA